CAAUGGCUCGGACUACGAUAAAUGUCGAGGAUGGCAGUAAAUAAUCUGACAAAAAAUCAUUCACAUACGAGUGCAUGGUUGCUCAUAUGGAUUCCAUUGGCAUGCUCGCUAGGAUCAAUAUUGCUCUGUAGAAAGAAAAAGGCUUUUCUUUGAUUUUAAAGAUCGAUCCAUGGUGAGAAAGCAGCUGGAAAUUAGUUUGUUGGUUUCUUUAACAUGCCUCCUGCUAUUUCCAUCCAUAUUUACAGUGCGUGCAAAUGCAGCCACACGAACUAGUACUUCCUCUACUACUCUUCAGACAUCGGAUCAGCAAGUACUGGACUAUAAGAUACAAGACCAACGAGGGGAUCAAGAAGAGGGAGGAGGACACAAGGACCUGGGGGAUGAAGAAGAGGAGAUCAAUCCUUAUGUGUUUGAAUACGAUAGGGAUUUUGUUUCUAGAGUCAAGACUGAACACGGAAGAGUUGAUGUUCUUCAACAAUUCACCAAGAACUCAAAUCUUCUUAGUGCUCUAGCGAAUUACCGUGUUGAAAUUCUUGAAGCUAAUCCUCUAACAUUCAUAACCCCUGCCCACAUAGAUGCUGAUUUUGUUCUCUUCGUUGUUAAGGGACGUGGGGCUAUAACUGUGAUCCAUGAGGAGAUAAAGAGAGAGACCUCAAACCUGGAAUGUGGAGAUAUCUUCAGAGUUCAUGCUGAUACUACUUUUUAUAUGGUUAACCGAGAUGAAUAUGAGAAACUUUAUGUCGCGAAGAUCCUUUUCCCGGUCAAUCUUCCUGGCAACUACGAGGCAUUCUAUGGAGCAGGUGGUGGAGACUCAGAAUCUUUCUUCGAGGCAUUCAGCUGGGAUUUAGUCGAGGCUGCUCUUAAUACUGAGAGAGGAAGGCUGGAGAAAAUCUUCAAACAACAGCAAGGAAAAAUCAUGAAUGCCACCAAGCAACAGAUCGAGGCCUUGAGCCAAGAUGAAGAAGGUGUACGUGGCAGCAAUGGCGCUUGGCCUUUCCCCUCUAAUGUGUCAGGCAGCCCAUUCAAUCUUUUCAAGAAGGGUGCUAUUAAAAGCAACGACUACGGGGAUCUCUAUGAAGCCGAUCCUAGAGAUUUCAAGCCACUUGAAUACCUUAAUCUUAUAGUCUCUUUUGCCAGCAUCACUCAAGGAUCUAUGGCUGGACCCUUCCACUCAAAGGCAGCCAAGAUAUUCAUUGUUGUGGAAGGUGAGGGAUACUUUGAGAUGACAUGUCCUCACCACUCCAGCUCCUCUGGUUCGAGCAGUCCAACUUACCAAAAUAUAAGCUCGCACUUGAGGCGUGGAACCAUCUUCAUUGCCCCUGCCAGCUAUCCGGUGGCUAUCGUGGCUUCCAAUAAUAGUACUCUCAAACUUCUAUGCUUUGAGGUUAAUGCACAAGCAAACAUAAGAUACACUCUCGCAGGGAAAGGGAACGUUAUUGAUGCAAUGCACAUAGAAGCGAAAGAGUUGGCCUUUGGUGUAGCAGGAAUAGAAGUAGAACAAAUUUUCAGGAACCAAAUGGACUGCUUCUUCUUUCCUGGGCCAAGCACCCGGCAACAGAGACAAGGCAGCCGUGCUGAUACAUGAAGGGCAUUUGGUAGAUAUAUCUAUGAAUAUAUCUUAUAUUUAUCUUAUUAGCAAGAGUUAAUGGGAAACUUUUAUUAAUAACCGAGUCUAAUUAUGGUCUGUUUGGGAUUGUGAUAGUGGUAACGGGUUAAAAUACUUUUCGCUUAGAAAUGUAUGAAAAUAAUAUUUUUUUUUA